AAGUCAAAGCCCUUGUUCUACUUCCUGGGCGACUCGAUCACGGAGCAAGCGAUUGAUCCAGCGAAGGGCGGCUACAUCCCACUACUGCAAAACAUGGUCUCCCGCUCGGCUGACGUCGUCGCCCAUGGACUUUCGGGCUACAACACACGAUGGGUACUGAAGUACGCCAUGCCGGUCGUGGAGGAAGAGAUCAAGAGCCGCACGUACACUCCGUCGGUAGUCACGAUCUGGUUCGGCACCAACGACGCCGUCAUCAUGGACGGCAGCAGAGCAGAGAAGCACGUCUCGGUUGAAAACUACCAGGAAAACCUGGUAACCAUCGUACGCAAGUUCCAGGAGCUUCUGCCUUCGGCCGACAUCCUGCUGAUCACACCGCCACACGUCGAUGACGAGGCCAGACGCGAACAUGCAGAGGAAAAUACCGGCAAGUUCAAGGGAGUCGUGGACCGCUCUCACGCCAGGUCGGGCAUGUACGCUCGUGCAUGCGUCGAGACGGCCAACAAAAUUGGGGUACCCGUGCUAGACCAGGCUUGCGCAAGACUGCCUGGCGCCCGGAAUCCAGAACUCUACCUGCACAAGUAUACAAACAUGCAUAUAUAG